GCAGACCCCAGGCCGCAGUGAUUUGGUAGCCGCUGCAGUAGGAGGAAGGACCGCGGUUCUACCCCCUUCUAUCUUUCAGUUUCGUCUCGAAAUUUUAUCGGUGGUCGCUUCUGGUAACGAUUGGUACAUUGCGUGUACAGUAACGGAGCUCUGUGAUCAAUAAGUUGUAGUAAUACCAACGGACAGUGAUAUAAAUCGCCAUUUUAAUCGCACGUUUUUCCUGACAGAAGCGCUAGCACAACAAUGGCUCUGAAAAGAAUUCACAAGGAGUUAAACGACUUGGCACGGGACCCACCAGCCCAGUGUUCUGCAGGACCAGUAGGAGAUGACAUGUUUCACUGGCAAGCCACAAUAAUGGGACCCAAUGACAGUCCUUACCAGAGCGGGGUUUUCUUCUUGACCAUACACUUCCCCACAGACUACCCCUUCAAACCGCCAAAGGUUGCAUUUACCACAAGAAUCUACCACCCAAAUAUCAACAGCAACGGCAGCAUUUGUCUUGACAUUCUGCGAUCACAGUGGUCUCCGGCUCUCACCAUCUCCAAAGUCCUCCUGUCCAUCUGCUCUCUGCUGUGUGACCCAAACCCGGACGACCCCUUAGUACCCGAGAUCGCCCGCAUCUACAAGACGGACAGGGAAAAGUACAACAGAAUAGCUCGGGAAUGGACACAAAAGUAUGCAAUGUAGUGUUGGGUUGGAAUCAUCGCCAACCACCUCUACGACAUAAGAUUAGGGGAGCUUAAGACGUAAAGAGAAAACAAACAAAAACCAUUCAAACAAAUGAAAAGUUUAAAACAAGAUCUUGUUGGUUUCCGUUGGAGUGCUUUCUUUGAGCCAUGCCUCCCCUUCACCAGAGUACCUGUAAAACUCCCUCUGCCCCCUCCUCCUUUCUCCCUCCCUCUGUUUUACUCUGCCCCCUCCCUCCUCCUGCCUCUUAGUUCCAGUGUACAUAUUGUCAGCCUGCUUUCAAUGGUAACAUCAUCUCUCCCUGCUCCUUUCUCCCCUCCUCCCUCCCUUUUGUCACAUCUACUGACUUCUGUAUUUCGUUACACACGUUGGGCAGCUCCCCCCCCCCCCCCCCCCCUCCCCCUUUUACACUCACCCCUGCCCAGGCGUUAAUCCUUAACCUUUGAGCAUUGUUGAAACCUUGAGGGGACCCCCCUCCCUAAUUAUUUAGGAGAGUGGGGGACAGUAGGGUUUUUACACUGCAUAUUUUUCUUAUUUUGUCACUUCCUAUAAUCUCCAUCUGUAGAGAUGACAAUUCAAGAAAGCGCUUUGUGUUUGCACGAGUCGAAGGGCACUCCGUAUUUUUAUGAUGAAUACUUUAAAGAAACCAUUGCAGGCUGUGGAUAAGGGGGUCGGGGGAGAAAGGGCGCAUGCCCUAUUUUGGCGUUCUGUUGGAUUCAAUGAUAGGACUUUGAUUUAUCCCCCCCAAUGACCUUUCCAACCCCACCUAGGUUGACCCGUACAUACACAAAUAGACACACAUGCACGCACAAUUAUCACCCCCACCACUACCCGCCAACUUUUCUUUACUCAAAGUGGAGGUUCUGGACCAGGUAUUUAAGCAAUUUAUUUUUCUUAGUCUAACCUGUGUUUUUUUAUCUCCCCUCCCCACCCCCAAUAACUCUUUAGGUUGCUUUUUUUUCUUAUUUGGUUUCUCUUUUUGUUUUUGCUAUUGUUAAAUUAGAGGCUAACAUUUUAAAAGGCUAUGGGACUGGCUUGGGCUCUGGGUGCGAGGAGAACCCACUCUUCUUGCACAAAACCUCUGUAUAUUGAAUUACCUGAGAGGCUCGUUGAGCUUUGUGUGUUGAUUAAACUGUGUAAUAAAAACCCAUUAUUCCUGA